AUGUUUCUAACAGCCUUGAUAGCCUUCACCCUAGCAGCCGGAACCUUGGCGGCUGGCCCAAAUAAGCCCCUUCGACUUCCUCCCCAGUACAUCCCAGAAGUCCUUGUUCGUGACCGGGUCCUCGACGGUGACGGUGUCAAAGUUUUCUCAGAUUUCUGGUUCAAGUCCAUGUGAGUUUACUGCGGUUCAAAUUCAAAGUAUAACUUUCUGGUUUUCGGCAAAGAACGUUCUCAAAAUUUUGAACGCCCUAUUACAAAUUAUCGCACCUUUUCCUACUGUAGAGAGUAUUGUCUCCACAAAAAAUAAACGGCAAAAAUUUGGCCAAAAGGCGAUUUUAUCGCUGGCCACACUCCGCCUUUUGCGUACUCCUCGGCGGCCUGUUAGAUUAUAAGCACCAGGGGGAUGUUUCACGUACAAAAGGGCCCUAACUUGAGUUAGCGGCAUCACGCAAAAAGAGGAGAGAGCAGAGAAAAAGAGGAGUGGUAACUUGAGUGAUCCCUCUUCUUUUUGAUUGGCGAAUCGGGCGACUUUUUAUGGACUUGGCCGGACAUUUUAGGCCAUAACUUUUGAUACAGUGGACCAAUUUACGCCCUUCCAAAAAAAUAUUAAUGCUGGCGGUACACAGAAUAUACACAUAUAAAUUUCUAAAUUUUCCUUUUAAAUUAUGCAAAACAUAUGCAAAUUUUUCCCUUGGUAUUUAAGAUGCAAGAUCCGGAAAAAAUUGUGAUACCAUCAUACGCAGCGUGGUCCCAGCUUUAAAACUUUCUUAAAAAUUUGCAAAUUGGUUUACUGUGACAAAAGUUAUGACCAAAAAAUUCUCGCCCACUGUUGCGCCGGUCAUUACUCCUGAUACAGUGUACCAAUUUACACCCUUCAAAAGACCCUUUGAUGCUGAGAGCGUAACAAACGUGUCCAUAUAAAGAUUUUAAUAAAAGACGAGCUUUAAGAUACCAAGAAAAAAAUUUGCAUAUAAUUUGCAUAAUUUAGAAGAAAAAUUUACAAAUUUAUAUCCAUGUAUUCUGUGUACCACCAGCAUUAAUAUUUUUUUGGAAGGGCGCAAAUUGGUCGACUGUACCAAAAGUUAUGGCCCAAAAUGUGCGGCCAAAGUCGAUAAAAAGUCAGGUCACUCGAGUUACCGCCCCUCUUUUUCUCUGCUCUCUCCGCUUUUUCUGUGAUGCCGUUAACUCGAGUUAGUGCCCUUUUUGUACGUGAAACAUCCCCCAGAAAUUGCCCGCUAAAUAUCGGAUAUAUAUGUUUUGUGAUGCUUGGCUAAGUUUCCUCUUUUCAGCAGCGACAAGCACCGAGCGCCGAUCGCCAACCUCACCCACUGCGUGUUCUCGCAACUCGGCGGUAGCUUCGUGGACCUCAUCAACUCCCGUCAUGGCGCCAGUUCCGCCGGUUUUGCCCGCUUCCUCAACCAAGGCAUUGACAGAUGUGUGAGGAACACGACCGAUACGGCGGUUAUUGCCGCCAGCAAUGUUUGGCUGCGAUACAUGAAGAUUGUGGUUCAAUAUGAACAGGAGAAGUUAGCUAAUCGUUCAAAACGUGAUAUUGGUGAGGACGGAUCGGAAAACUCGUACCUGGAACGUGUCAGCUAUAGCGACCGAAUGCCGAGCCAACUCGCGUUCUGCAAAGGGUAGGGUUCGAAUUGCAGGACACGUAUCAGUCUGUCGAGAAAAUGGUGAGCAGAAUGUCGCUACGCCGACCGCGCCGCUGAAGUGAAAAGCAAUUGGAUUUUGCCGCGACGCAAUUCAUUUUCUCGACGGCAGAUUUUCGAUGCGACAUUGUGCUCAUUAUUUUCCCGACAGACUGAUGCUCCAUGUGCGACGCUCAGAUUUUGACGAAACGUGGCACUUAAAUAUCAAAAAAUUUACUGAACUUUUCUGAUUUAGAAUAUGUAAAGAUUAGCUGCCAAAUUUUGGUUUGUAAGGGUAAAAAAAUCCUCAGAACUUUUCUCGCAACACCACGCAAAUGAUUUUUUUUUUUUAUCACCACGGUUUUACCAAAUGAAACGCUUUGCUUUGAGCUAUAGUAAAUCCUGGCAUCUGGACAAGCCUUACAAUAUCAAAUUUGAUUAAUAAUACUACACCUUAAUUAGUAUAAUAGUUCCAAUAUAAAAAAAGGGAAUUUGUGUGGUGUUGCGAGAAAUGUUCUGAGGAUUUUUUCACCCUGGCAAACCAAAAUGAGGCAGCUAACUUUUACAUAUUCCGAAUCAGAAAAAUUUUACGAUUUUUUUGAUACAUGCGCAAAACUGGCAAAGAUAUGGCUGAAAAUUUUGUUACUCUAUGACCGCUCUCCGCGUUUUGCGUACUCUCUCUGCCGAAAAUAUCGUUUCAUAUCUCGGGUUCUAUUGUAAAACGCGAGCUAAGGGUUCCAGGAGUUGAUAUGUGGCCUAUCGUCGAAGCGUGUGCAAAGUGUAAAGAAAAUCUGAGAGUCGCACUUGGAGUACGUCCUCUUUUGAUAUAUCCGUUGUAAUAAUGGAUGAAUCUACUUGAACUUUAGAAUAGACCACUGGCCAAGGCCAUGCCGUAAAAUGCCUUCGAAAAGUGGUCUUGACCUCAAUGAAUUGCUGGAUGUGCUGGGCGCUUGGACCUUUAUAAUCGACGAGCUCUUCCCCGGACUGUAAGGUUUUCUUUUGUCUACCUUUCUACAGUAAGGGACCGGAUCCAGUGGCAAAAAACGUCUCAUUUUGCAUCCCGGAAGGGACCUAAACGUCUCCAAUCCCUUCCCUUCUCUAGGCUAAAAAACCUCGAUUUCAAGAGCCCGCCUUGAAGGAAAGGGCGCGCUUUUCAAAGCGGAGUUUUUUAGCUUAGAGAAGGGAAGGGUUUGGAGACGUUUUUUGCCAUUGGAUCAGGUCCCUCACUGUAUUAGAUCCGACAUUCAUUUCAGCGGCUGCCAGCUUGACUUGGAGGCGCGGCUAAACCCCAAGUUGACCGAGCACCAUCGACCCAACGACAACUACGAACUGAUCAGCGGUUGCGACGACAAAGACCUCAAGUUGGCCGGCGGCAUCCUCAAAAAGCUUAUGCAGAAGUCUUCGAAAAAUUGA